AUGGCAUACAAUCAGGGUCAGCCCUACGGCUUCAAUCCCCAACAACAGAAUCCGGGCUACGGCUGGAACGCGCAAGGUGGACAACAACAACAACAGCAACAAGGCUUCAAUCCUAUGCCUCCACCACCAUGUAAGUGAACGUUUUGUUUUUUGUGUUAGCGUUUAGUGUGAUACGUCUUUGUGUUGUUUGCUGUAUCAGGUAUUGUAAAGGCAGCAUAAGGAGCUAGUUUGGCCAAAAAGGGUUUAGCAGGUCUUUUUAUGAUAGAAAUGUUGCAAAUGUCCUUAAGUUGUAGUAUUAAAACAUGUUUUGUUGAGACUUUAUAUUCUUUUUGGUCAUACCGGUGUAAUAUUGUUGUAUGUGUGCAGUGCGCUUGUUAUCAUGGCUUUAAUAGUUAUAUUACCCUCAAUUUUUGGUCCAAAUUUUUUUGAUGAUUAAGGAGACAUAAAAAUGACGUUUUUAGUUUAAUAUUACUGAAGUUUUUGUACUUUUAAAACACAAAAAAAAACGUUUUUUUUUCGGUAACAAAAAACAAUUUUAACUACAUAAAUUACCUUUAAUGCUUGAUCUUUUUGCUUCACUUUUUUUCAAGCGCAAUAUAACAAUUUCAAAGCCAUUAACUAUUGAUAUUAUUUGUUGUUUUGUGCAGUUGCUGGUGGUCAAUAUCAAUCGGUUCCAGUGUUUCACAACAACCCCAACUAUGCCGAGCAAGGUGAAGGCCCAAAGAUGGACAUGCAUUUCAACGAUCAAACGAUUCGAGCUGCUUUCGUGCGCAAAGUCUUCAUCUUGGUCGGAAUUAUGGUGAGGUUUUGAAAAUUUGAAUGUUUCUUAUGUUUAGGUAUCAAAACGGAUGGAUUUUUGGUUUUUAGGUAUUAAAACAAAGCACUUAUGACAUUUACGUGUUAAAAAGCACGAGUUAUUUCAUUUUGGAUAAGAAAAAUUUUUUUUUUUGAAGGUUAGGUUGCAAAAAUUAAACGUUUCGAUACGUAAAGAUAGGUGAAUAUUUAUAAUAACUGAGUUUUGAAAAGUUGAUCGUAUUUUACCAAAAAUUUUGUUUUAGUUGGGCGUCGUUGCCGUUAUGACUGCAAUUCCAUUUGCUCAUCAGCCCACUAUGACUUUUAUCAAACAGUCACCUGGAUUGUACUUGGCUAGUUAGUAAGUUUACUAUUUUUUAUUGGCAUUUACUUUUAUUUAAUUUUUAAUACUUUAUUAAGUUGUUUUUGCACUUUACAAUUCAAAAAAGCUGAUUUUUAAACAUUUUUUUGAGAUUAGGUAUGUGGUAUCUUCAGAUGACUUCAAAUUUUAAAAAUUGUGUUUUAUAUGACUUUUUUUUAUUAAAAUAUUAUGAUACACAGUUUAAAAUUACGUUUUAGUGGAGUCUUCUUGGCUGUGUACAUUGCUUUGAUGUGCUGCGAAUCCGUCCGCCGCUCCUUCCCAGCCAACUUGAUCUGUACUGCUGUUUUGGUAAGUUUUACAUUACUGGACUUUAGAUAAGUAUAAAAAGUUUGAAAUGAUUCUCAAAAGCUCAAAUUUUAAAGUUUUUAUUAGGCUUUAAAAACUUUUGUCGUUUUUGGUUACUAAUAGGUGGAUAAAUUGACGGCAAGUCUUUUUUUUUGGCGUUUUUAUAUUACAAUUUAAAAUUUUUUAGUGUUUAAACAUGUUUUUUAAUGCUGUUACUAUUACUUCAAAUAAUUCUGUGCCUCUCAGUCCCUAAAGUUUGCUUUCAGAGGAGGCACAUAAUUAUUUGAACGACUUAGUAUUUAAAAAGACUUUCAAUGUUAAACUCGCUUUUUCAGACUCUUGCCAUUGGCUACAUGACCAUGAUGUUGGCCGCCACCAAAGACCUCACCCCGGUCUUGAUGUGUCUCGUUAUCACUUCGGUUUGCUGUGGUGGCAUCAUAUUAUUCUCGAUGCAAACAAAACAUGAUCUGACUUCGAUGAUCGGCUUCGUUGCCAUCGCUUCCAUGGUCGUGAUGGUCUUCGGUUUGGUCGCCAUGGUCUCGGCCAUCUUCUUCAGAGUCGCCUGGAUGUACACCAUCUAUGCUGGUUUGGCCGCGUUGUUGUUCAUGGUUUACUUGGCCAUUGACAUUCAGAUGAUCAUGGGCGGAAGAAAGGUGGAGAUCAGCCCAGAGGAUCACGUCUUUGCUGCGAUUCAAGUCUUCUUGGACAUUGUCUACAUCUUCUGGAUGUUGUUGCAGUUGUUUGGAGGUUCCAAGUAGGUUUUGGGGUUUAAAGAGGGGUUGAGGGUAGGGUAAUAUAACUUUUCGAAGAAGAUUGAGUAAACAGUGUGAGCUUUAUUGAGUAUAAAGCUAAUACAUGUUGAUUAGUGAGUAAAGAAGUGUUUCAUAUUAGCUAUAACAAUAUAAAAAUGAUGUUAUUUUUAUUUUGAGUAUAAGGUAAAGGUAUAUAAGUCCAAAAAUAACAUUGCCUAACAAAGUCUGAUGUUGUUUAACAUUGUAGAGAUAAUUGAUUGGAAUUCGGUGCAGUAAUCCCGAACAAAUUCCAUGAAGCAUAACAACCAGUGUAUUGUCCUUGUGACGCUUUGUUCUUUAACUUAUUAUGUGUCUACGACUCGAAGGUGAAUGUAAAUUACAUUAUGUAAGCCUUAAAGAGUUUGAAUCUGUUUUAUAUAAGCUUAAAGCAGUUUGCACUGUUUUAAGGACUAUUGAAGCUAUCUUAUGUUAGCUAUCUAAGUGUGGCACUGUUUUAUAUAAGGCUAAAGGCAGUUGAAGCUAUGUUAUGUUAUCUAUGAAGGGUUUGAAACUGUGGGAAUGGCUUUUCUUGGGUUUCUAUCGUUUGCCUUGACAUUUUGCUUCAAUUUCUUGUAUUAGCAUGUUGUUAUAACUGAAUCCAUUAAUCUUGUCGGGUUUUUGGAAUAACGAAAAUGCGAAAGAAUUAAUGGAUUUUUAAAAAAAAGUUUAGUCAAGCCUCAUAAAAGGAUGUUCAAAUAAAUUUGCGCCCCUUAACUCCAAAAAUUUGCUUUGAAAGGGGGGCACAGAAGUAUUUGAAUAACCUAAUGUGUCUUAAUAUCUUCCCGUUCCAUCAAGUGUGCUAAAGCUUUUUUUUGUGUUUUUCCUAUGUUAUCAUAGAGUGCGUAUGUUUGCCAUAAGCUACAUUAAGUAAAAUUCUUUUUACUACAUGCCUAGUUAAGUUAAAUACUGUCAAAAUCUAUAAUCACAACUUUUUAGUCAAUUUUUCGAAAUUAAUCGGUUUCCAGGACACUUUUUUCAAUCGCAAUAUUGACUAAUUAUGAAACUUUUCAGCAACUAA